CCAUCUGCUGGCGCUCAGUCUGUCGAAUCAGCUGUCGGACGAAGGCGUGCUGACCACCAAGGAACAGAGUGAGGCCGCUGACCGGCAAUUUGCACUCAGGUUGGCUGAAGGUCUUUCGCCCGAACUUGCACAACACAGUGAGGACUCAGAUCGCGCAAUGGCCCUGAAACUGCAAGCGGAGGAAAAUGACCAGGCGUCGCGGAGUCAUAGUAGUACGAACUCGUCGCAUGGACAGCGACCCAGCCAGUCGCAGAGCAAUUCCACAACCACGCCGAGGGAUAAGAAGAGCCAAGACAAGGACUCGUCCUGCUGUGUCUCGUAG